AUGGGCCGUCUGGACGAUGCUGCCAAGCGCAAGGUGGUGGAGCUGCGGCAGGCGGGUCUGAGCUUCCGGAAGAUCAAGGCGGUGCUGGAGCUGGAGAACAUCCGGGUGUCUGCCCAGGCCAUUUACCUGGAGGGAGAUGGUGGAAGCCGGGAGGGCUGGAACGACCAGCAAAUACGGAAUCUACUGAGGGAGGCGUCACGCCACGCAGGCUAUGUUGCAGCGUCAGAGUUCGCCAAGCAGUGUCCUGGCUCCAAUCCUCCUGAGGUCAGGGGUCAGGGGCCGUCUGGGACAGGAAGCGAAGGCGCCAGCAGAGGACAGAGCAACAGGACAGAGAAACCGGAGGAAGGGAACAAGAAGGAGGAUGAGGAUAAGGACAUCCAGAUUGUCAGUGUCACAUCAUUGGCUCAGAACUCUCAACAGAGGGGUCUUCCACCCGCAGGGGCAGCGGCUGUGACUGUGACAGGCGCCUACAUGCGUAAGAGAGCCACGCCCUCGCCAGCUACUAACCCCAUACUGGCAGCACGCAAAAGGCUUCUGGAUAAGGCUUUGUCUCAUAGAGCAAAGAUAAGAGACUCUUCUUAUCAGUCCUACCAGCAAGUAGCAGCUCUGCUGAGAAGAGAACAGUCUAAUGCUUCUGGUUCUGAUGUUCAGAGACCUGUGGCAGCAGAUCAACCACAGUCCUAUGACCCAGUCACUCAGAGGCUUACUCAAGUGAGGAAUUUGGAUGGCCAGCAAGGAGGCAGUGUUCCCAGACAGAUGUUCCAGCAGAGAGUCGGUGGCCAAGCUGUCCGCUCCCCACACCCUACUCCUCCCCGUGUGGGCAUCCGGCUCCCCAACCCCCCACCACCACCCACCUCCCAGGGUAGUAGCCCUGUCAUCCGCCUCCAAAGCCCUGGGAGCCAGGGCAUGAACCAGGGCCUUCUCAGGAGAGACAGGAACCCCAGCCCCCAGCAGGCAGCUCACCAGGAGGCUGGAGGGAGAUGCGGGGGAGGGGGUGGUGGAGGUGGGGGUCUCCAGGAGCAGGUCCAGACCCUGGGCUCUGAGAUCCACAGCCUGAGCCUGGCGGUGCGCAUGCUGGUGGAGCAGCAGUACCGGCUGGAGAGGGAGCAGGUCCAGCAGACCCAGGUCCAGAAGCAGAUUCUCAGCACCCUGCAGACCCUGGCCUCCAGACUGGAGGCACCCUGUACCAGCCUCCACCAGCAGCGACAGCAUCCCAAAACUCCCCCACCCCCAGUCUUACCUGCCUCAGGCUCUGCCUCCUACUGCCAGGACACAUUCCCCUUCAGCCAAGGAGGGUAUGCUCAGUGCAGCCAGGCCCAGCCCAGCUACAACGGGAUGGACAGCUCCAGUCUGGAGACCAUAGAGACCUUCAAACUGUCCGGACAGAGCCCCCAUGGCAUCAACGGCUUCCAGACGGGCAGCAGCAGUAGUACCACCGAUAGCCUCCUGCUCACACACCCCUACAUACACGCUGGCGCACACACAGCCUUACUCUCUUACGCCACCACAUACACGCAGUCACACACACAGUCCUAUAGAGGUACAGACAGUCCCAGCACCAGCACAGAGGGAGCUCUCCAAGACUGCAUGGCCCCCACCCAGGCCUCUGUUGACCUGGACUCAGACAUCACAGUCUCCCCACAAGAAACCCAGCUCAACAUCAUUAAAGUGGAGGCUCUCUAA